AUGUGUCAACACAAUCAAAUAUGCGGACGAUUGCACCAUGGAUACGUCCAUAGCGAUUUGCAAAGCGCUCUGGACUCAGUACAAAGUUGGGCUGUGGAAAAUAAAAUGGAACUGAAUGCCAAAAAGACAAAAGAUAUGUGGAUUAACUUCACCGAAGCACCGCCCCCUCUACCACUGCAUAUAGGAGAUGCUAUCAUAGAAAGAGUCGAUAAUUUUAAACUCUUGGGAACCUGGUUUCAAAAGGACCUGAAAUGGAAUAAACAUGUCGAGGAGACCACCCGCAAAGCAGCUAAAAACCUGCACUGCCUACGAGAAUGUAGAAGAGCGAAUCUACCAGUCGAAGUGGGUCUCACCACUUAUUUAACUAAAAUCAGGCCUAUCCUUGAAUAUUGUUCUCCAGUGUGGGGUGGUCUGCCACGAUAUCUAAAGGACAAAUUGGAACGUGUGCAAAGGAGGAGUCUACGAAUUAUUGGCCUCCCGCAUGGUUACCUGCCAACUCUCGAAGAGAGAAGAAUUGAAGCCACAUCGAGGGAACUCGUUAACAUCUUAGGUGAUCCAAGCCAUAUCUUUUAUCAACGAACUAUGGAACAUAAUAAACAUAACUAUAAUCUUAGGCGUAGAGACGGUAUAUUUAAAUACGCACCUUUCUCAGGCACUGAACGACACAGAAAUAGUUUUGUCCCACGAGCAAUGAGACAGGGGUUGCACUAA